AUGAAUUAUUGUAACAAUUUAAAGGCUAUUGAAAACUCAAUUAAAAAAUAUCAAGAAAAUUUUCUACUACUAUUCAAGUCUAAUAAUACUGGAACAUCGAUACAAACUAAUCAAGAUGAUAUGAUUAUUAUUGAUAUGAUUAAUGAUGAUAAACAUGCACAAAGUGAAGAAGAAUGA